AUGGCCCUCACUGCAGAAGAGCUUCUUCUCCAGGUACCCUUGCGUAAUGGCAUGGAACAGGAUUUAUUUCAGCCGGUCCGUAAACUAGAGUUUUCCCCGGUGACGUUGCCUGCAGGGGCUCCAGCCCAGCAGCAUCUAAAAGCGUGGAUAUUUGAAUGCGAACAGCUGCAACAGGCGAUCGAUGAGCGUCGUAAAAGAACCGAGAAGUUUGACGUUUGGUUUGCCGAAACUUGCUUGUCGAAACGUCCUCCAGGAAUGACCUCUGGAGGAGUACUUUCGCCAGCGAGACGCUCAGAAAAACGUUAG